AUGUUGCCGGCUUCAAAAUCACUAAAUCGUUUCUCAUCGAUUUCUUCUUUCCUCGCAACUGUUGCAGAAUGGGUGAUCGAUCAAGUGGUUUGUUCUUCUUCUUCCUUAACUUCAACCAAAUAUAUGGACUUCGGCUACCCGGAAGAACCCUGGCCGACAUUUCAUUACGUGCCCAAAUUCUCUGAUGAGGAUUUGGGUAUGCACUCGUAUAAGAGUAAACUUAAUGAGUUGCAUAGGGAGAAUAUGGAAUUGUUCAAGGAAAAUAUAAACCUUUCAAAGAAUAAUAUGGAUCUGGAGAAGGAGAACUUGGUUCUGCAGAAGGAGUUAAUGAAGCUUAAGGUCAAUGACAAACAGGAGCCUGAUAUAUUCCUAUGGAGGUUGAUGAUGUGA